AACACGUAGCAAAACGAACAGAGAAAAAAGAGGAUAAUGGCUUCGUUAUCAGCAUCUCCUUUGAUAUCCAUGAAAUUGAGUUUGAGAGCACCUUCUCUCACUUCUUCAAAAUCAACUUCACUCAAUCUCAAUUCCUCCAUUACUCGUUCUCCAUUGCUUCAUUGCUCAUUCACUUCCUCUCCUUCCUCUAUCUCUUUCCAAUCUUCUUCCUUUUCAGGUUUGUCACUGGGAUUGGAUUUAAAAUCUAAUGUUGGGCCUAAAAGACAAAAUGGUCGCGGUUUUGUUGUGGUAGCAGCAGGUAGGUCUGCUCUUUGUCUAACCAAGAGAAGCAGAUCACGAAAAUCAUUGGCACGCACUCAUGGCUUCCGCAGACGAAUGAGAACAACAAAUGGAAGAGCUAUCUUAAAGCGACGACGCGCCAAGGGACGAAAAAUCCUUUGCACUAAGACCCACCCAAGUAGUGGCACAUAGUCACACAAGGGCCUAAAGUUAUUGUAUUUCUGUGUAUUGAUUCCCUAAACUUGUCUGUAUUUCGAGAUUUUCUUUUUUCUUAUCUUCCUAACAAUGAUUUUAUGUACCCUUUACAUUUAAAACUUUUAUUAUUUUAGACAAAAUCUUUGUCACGUACAAUUCUUGCUGAGUUGCAUAUAUAAUUGCUCGAGUAUGUAUGCUGUAAACAAAUGCAAGAUUAGGCUUGGUGGAAUCACAAACAAAUCAGUUUUGCAUGUAUAACAAUAUCUCUUAUGCUA